AUGAGGGAUGGGGAAGGAAAGAAUCACGAUUAUGUUCCUUCGUGUGGCCCCCCGACUGGGGUGACACCUCAGCGAAGGAACACAGCUCAUCUGACCACCUCCAUCUCCCUGGAGAUCCUGCUCUUUCUCAAUGGCUGGUACAGCACCACCUACUUCCUGCUGGAGCUCUUCGUGUUCAUGUACAAAGGUCUCCUGUUACCAUACCCAACAGCCAACCUAGUCCUUGACCUGGUCAUACUCUUCCUUUACCUUGGCAUUGAAAUCAUCCACCUCUUCAUUGCUACAAAAGGGAACCUCUGCCAGAGGAUGAUGCCUCUUGGGAUCAACUUGGCCAUGACCUUUCCAUCAGCCAUGAUGGCUUCCUAUUACCUCCUGCUGCAGACCUACAUUCUCCGCCUCAAAGCUGAGAUGAGCACCAUCCUGCUCCUCUUCUGUGGCUUAGAGCUGAUGCUUGAGGCGAUCACACUCACCACCUUCAACAGCAUGGAUUCAUAUUGA